AUGUCUGUAGCACUGCCAACACACCCCAAGUCUUCGGACCGCAAGGUCGUCUACCUGCUGCCAUUGACCGACUACGGAGUCCCAGACGUCGCUGGCACUUACAUCUACCUGCCUCCCCCCACCAACCCAGCAUACUCGAUUUGCUUCCAGAUCCAGGGUACCAGCUCGAUAUGUCGCGAGGGCAGUCUCUGGGUGAACAUCCCCGCUGAGGGCGAGAAGUUCAAGCGCAGCCAGUACCGCGAGUACAAACUGCAGCCCAACUUUACUGGCAUGUGUGAGAUUGAGAUCCCCGUCCACGAGGCCAAUGCCUUUUCCUUCUACACGACCUACACACCGCUGCCGCAGUGGUCCUUCACAGACGUUGCGUCGCCUGAACCCACGCGGACGGACACCUACUACAUCGACAUAUGUCCAAAUCUCAAGCUGCAGGGCGAGCACUUGCCGGUCGAGGCCGUCUGCAUCAUCUCUUGCCUGUCCAAAUUCAUGGGCAACUACCCGACAGACUGGGACAACCACCUGCAGGGCAUGAGCCAGCGUGGCUUCAACAUGGUGCACUUCACACCCUUGAUGAUGCGCGGCUCUUCAAACUCGCCCUACAGUAUUUACAAUCAACUGGAGUUUGACAAGGCCAUCUUCAAAGAAGGCGAGAAGGACAUUGCGAACAUGAUCCGAAAGAUGCAGAACGAGUUCAAUCUGCUUGCCAUGACCGAUGUCGUCUGGAACCACACGGCCAACAACAGCCCAUGGCUCGAAGAGCAUCCAGAAUCCGGCUACAACGUCGACACCGCUCCACACCUGCGACCUGCUCUCGAACUCGAUACAGAGUUGUUGCAGUUCAGCAAGGACCUCUCCAAGCAUGGCCUACCCACAACCUUCAACAGUGAAGAUGACCUUCUCAAGGUCAUGCAAGGUGUCAAGGACCACGUCCUUAGCAAGGUCAAGCUCUGGCAAUUCUACGUCAUUGACGUCGAAAGAGACACCAAGGCCAUCAUGGAGGCUUGGACCUCUGGCCAAGCCAAGUUUGUUGAUGGCAGCUUUAGUGAAGCUGGUCUUCGCGGGCUCGAUGCUGUCAGGAACUGGCCACUGAAGCAGAAAGCAGACUGGUUGGUCGAGCAUGCUCUGCGCGGCGGUGAUCGCAUGGGCGAGCGCUACCGUCGAACAAUGGACCCGAACAUCGCUGCUAGCCUACUGUGCGCCUUGUUCGGUCGCUACGACACUCGUACUAGCAAUACGCCCGACGACCGGGCUGCUCAAGGCACCAUGACGGCUAUGCUCAACGAGGUCAACCUUCCAUUCUACCGCGAGUAUGACCAAGACCAAGCAGAGAUCAUGGAGCAACUCUUCAACCGGACCAAGUACGUCCGAAUGGACGCCCAUGGUCCUAAGCUGGGCGAAGUCAACGACGCGAACCCACUCAUCGAGACCUACUUCACGCGCCUACCACUCAACGAGACCACAAAGAAGCACAACCCCGAAGCUCUCGCGCUGGUGAACAACGGAUGGGUAUGGGCUGCAGAUGCGAUGCGAGACAACGCUGGGCCCAAGUCAAGAGCAUACCUGCGAAGAGAGGUUAUUGUUUGGGGCGACUGCGUCAAGCUCCGAUACGGAGAUGGCCCAGAGGACAACCCUUUCCUUUGGGAUCACAUGGCCAAGUACACCCGCCUCAUGGCCAAGUACUUCCAAGGCUUCCGUAUCGACAACUGCCAUUCCACCCCUCUGCAUCUCGCCGAAUACAUGCUUGACCAAGCACGUAGCGUUAACUCAAACGUCAUGGUCUGCGCCGAGCUCUUCACUGGGUCCGAAGAGAUGGAUUACAAGUUUUGCAUGAAGCUCGGAAUCUGCGCAUUGAUUCGAGAAGCCAUGCAGUCAUGGAGUACUCAAGAGCUGAGCAGACUUGUUCACCGUCACGGUGGUGUUCCCAUCGGCAGCUUCGAGACCGACGAAGUGCUCAAUGCUGCACAGGCGACUGAUGGGGCUGACCAGACGAAGCCCAUCAUCAAGAAGAUCAAGCGCAGCCCUGUUCACGCGCUGUUCAUGGACUGCACGCACGACAACGAGACGCCAGCCCAGAAGCGCGAUGCACGCGACACGCUCCCCAGUGCCGCGCUCGUCGCCAUGUGCGACUGCGCGACUGGUAGCGUCUUCGGUUACGACGAGUGCUACCCUGAGCUGAUUGAGCUGGUGCACGAGAAGAGACUGUAUUCCUCUGCAAACUCCACUGGAGGCGAAAUCAAAGCACAAGCUGGAGAAGGUGGUAUUGGUGGCAUCCGCAAGAUUAUCAACGAGAUCCACGUCAAAAUGGGCAAGGAGGAGUACAAUGAGACUUAUAUUCACCACGACAACGAAUAUAUUACCGUCCAUCGGGUCAACCCUCACACCAGGAAAGGUUACUUCCUAAUUGCCCACACCGCAUUCCCUGGCUACGGCAACGGCAAUGGAGGCUUUGGCAAGACCAAGCUACCAGGCACUCAAGCAAAGCUCGUCGGCGCCUGGAAUCUCGAAGUCGACAACAGUCCCGAGACAAGAGCGCGUAUCAUCGGUGACGAGACGACACUGCGCGGCUUGCCCAGCAAGACAAACGAACUUCAAGGCGUCAACAUCGAGGCUACUGGCGAUGAUACCACCAUCAGCAUCCCUGAUAAGUUCCCACCGGGCAGUAUCGCUCUCUUCGAGACCUGGGUACCCAGCGCAGAGCAUGCUGAAGGCCUCGACAAGUUCGUCACUAGCGGAGCGCGUUCGGCUUUCAGUGGUGUCAACCUCAUCGACCUCAACUACAUCCUAUACAGAUGUGAAGAGGAAGAGAGGGACGCUACGGACCACAAGGACGGAACAUACAACGUCCCAGGUCAUGGCAACUUGGUCUACGCUGGUCUGCAAGGCUGGUGGAGUGUCCUCCGCGACAUUGUGAACGAGAACAACCUUGGCCACCCACUCUGCAACCAUCUGCGUGAGGGUCAAUGGGCGCUCGACUACUGCCUUGGUCGCCUUCAAAAUAUCUCCAAGAAGCCGGAGUACGUCAACAUUAAGGGCCCCGCCGAGUGGUUGGAAGCGAAGUUCGAUGCCAUUCGCAAGGUCCCCAGCUACAUGCUUCCGCGAUACUUUGCCCUCGUUAUCCAGACUGCAUACAACGCUGCAGUCGAGCGAGCCAUUGAGCUCAUGGGUGAGAACGUCCGCGAGGGUAACCAGUUCCUCAAGAGUCUUGCUCUUGUCAGCUGCCAAGUCACCGGUUACAUGAACAGCGCCUCGUUGUGGCCCGAGAAGAGCGUACCCAGCAUGGCCGCUGGUCUCCCUCACUUUGCCUACGACUGGGCGCGAUGCUGGGGACGUGACAUUACCAUCUCCGCCCGUGGUCUUUACAUGGGAACUGGUAGAUAUGCCGACGCUAAGGAGCACAUCUUUGCGUUUGCCAGCGUCUUGAAGCAUGGCAUGGUCCCCAAUCUCCUCGGUGGUGGCAAGAACCCACGUUACAACUCCCGCGACUCAGUCUGGUUCUUCCUCCAAAACUGCCAAGAUUACUGCAAGAUUGUGCCCAAGGGCAUGGAGCUUCUUCAAGAGGAGGUCAAGCGUCGCUUCUUGCCGUACGAUGACACAUGGUUCGCUCACACCGAUGCAAAAGCGUACUCUCAGUCCUCCACUAUCGAAGAUGUCAUACAGGAGGCUCUCCAGCGACACGCCUCCGGCAUAGAGUUCCGGGAGUAUGACGCGGGCCCGAACAUUGACAGCCAAAUGAAGUCCGAAGGCUUCAACAUCAAGAUCUGGACAGACUGGGAGACUGGUAUGAUCUUCGGUGGUAACCAAUGGAAUUGCGGCACAUGGAUGGACAAGAUGGGUGAGAGUGAAAAGGCCGGCAGCAAGGGUGUUCCCGGUACACCACGAGACGGCGCUCCGGUUGAGAUCAUCGGCAUGUUGUACAGCACAGUACGCUGGUGCGCCGACAUGUACGACGCAGGCCAGUUCAAGUACCAGGGCGUUACCCUGGACGACGGCAAGAAGACCGUUACCUACAAGGAGUGGGCCGACCUGAUCAAGGCCAACUUCGAACGCUGCUUCUACGUUCCUCGUUCGGCAGAAGAAGACAGCAAGUACGACGUCAACUCGAGCAUCGUCAACCGUCGUGGUAUCUACAAGGACUUGUACCGCUCAGGCAAGGAGUACGAGGACUACCAGCUGAGGCCAAACUUCCCUAUUAUGAUGACGGUUGCACCGGACCUCUGCGAUCCUGAGCAUGCCUUGUAUGCCCUCCAGAUGGCCGACAGGGUAUUGCUCGGUCCACAGGGCAUGAAGACACUCGACCCCUCUGACCUCAACUACCGUGGCUACUACAUCAACAGCGAAGACUCGACUGAUUUCGCCACAUCCAAGGGCCGCAACUACCACCAAGGACCCGAGUGGCUCUGGCCCACAGGCUUCUUCCUGCGAGCUCUGCUCAAGUUCGAUCUCAAGCGCCGCAAGACGCCCGACGAACGUGUCGAGAGCUACCAACAAGUCACGCGCCGCCUCGCCGGCUGCAUGAAGGCUAUCCAAGAGUCGCCGUGGGCUGGUCUCACGGAGCUCACCCAGAAGGACGGCGCCUUCUGCGGCGACUCGUGCCCCACGCAGAGUUGGAGUGCUAGCUGCAUCAUCGACUUGUUCCAGGAUGCGCGCGAGUACGAGACGGAGGGGCUGCAAUCUUCGUCGUAG